UGAGCUCACAUUGUUCCCUUAUCCACCACAUCAGUUCCUCAUCUUUUACAUUUCUUCUUCUCUGUUCAUGAAUUGAUGAGAAACCAAAUGGAAAGGCUCGUCGUUCUCCCCUUCUCCAUCGGCUGCGUCUCUGAAUCAAGUGUUGCUAUAGGUGCUAACUACCCCAAGAAAACAAAAGAAGAAGCUAUUCCAUCUGUAACAAGAGGACCAGAGCUUCCAAGACCAAAGCCUAACAUCUCAGCCGGGUUACAGAGGUUGAUAAAGAGCUUCAAGAGCUUCUCUCAAAUAUUUUUGUACAAAGAUGAGGUUGAAGAGAUGGAGAUUGGGUUUCCCACAGAUGUGAAGCAUGUGACACACAUAGGAUGGGAUAGUUCUGCAACUACCAACCCCUUGAAGGGGUGGGAUAACCUUAAAGCUCCUGAAAUGCUCUCCCUCCCUAAUAUCUCUCUAAGGCAGUUUGAGCUAGCCAUGGCUGCACAGGCUGAUGAUCAUCAUGCACCACCACCUCUUGUCAUUGGUUCUUCUUCUUCUGAAGUUUCAUAAAUUAAAUGACCACUUAAUAAAUGAUAAUCAAUAUUGGUAAUGAUGAUGAUGUUGAUGUUGUUGGGGUUGCAUAUAAGGAAGAAAUGUGUGAAGUGUGGAGUUAUUUUUUUUUGAUAAAUUGAAACCUUCUCUACUCCUUCCUAAC